AUGGUUGCGAAGCCCACACGAGUCUUCAUGGAUAUCACAGCAGACGGCCGGCUUGUUUCAGUUAAACACGAAAAGUUUGCCCGAAAACAAGUGAGAACUUUCGACGAUUGUGCACCCGGAGAGAAAGGAUACGGUUACAAAGGAUGUCACUGGUACCGAAUCGUACCCGGAUUUUGUGCUUUCCGGCGAACUUCGAGAUACUCAGAAACUAAGACGCGUAAAGGCCGUCACAGACCUCGAUAUACGAAAUACUUUGAUGAUGAGAACCAUACUAUCAACCACAAUAAAAGCUUAUCACACUCUUCCAGGGGCAUCCUUUCUAUGGACAAUUUCGGCUGGCCAAACACGAACUCUUGUCGAUUUUUCGUCACUUUCACUGAUACUCCGUGGAUGGAUAACUUCCAUGUCGCUUUUGGUGAACUCGUUGAAGGCUUCGACGUUCUGGAGAAAAUGGAAAGCUAUGGCAUACUAGAAGGCAAGUGCCGGGGCCCAAAAAGGUCGCACAUCGAAACUGGUGGUCACGUCGAAUUGUGGGCAAUU